AUGACAGGAAAGUUUGAGCCCAAGGUCCCCGUCAACCUCGAUCCUCCCAAGGAUGAUCCCAUCGCUGUGGAGGAACUCGUGGCAGCGAAUGGAACGAACGGUGGGAAGACCUAUGUUGCCAUCAAGGGCAUCGUCUAUGAUGUGAGCGGAAACAAAGCCUACCAGCCAGGCGGAUCCUAUCACGUGUUCGCCGGCAAGGACGCCUCCCGCGCCCUGGGGAAGACAUCAACUAAGGCUGACGAUGUACGGCCCGAAUGGCAAGACCUCGACGCAAAGGAGCAGGGAGUCCUCAACGACUGGGUUACCUUCUUCUCCAAACGCUACAACGUCGUCGGCCGUGUAGUCGGCGCCAAUAAUACCGAGUAG